GACGAAACUCAGCCGAAGGACUUAGUGCAGGGAAGGUCGCCGUCGGGUAUGGAGGCUUCUCGUCUGAGGAACUUUAUUUUACCCUUAGGAGGAGCUCUACUCUUAUCUGGUGUCGCUGGAACGAUCUACUAUUACCUGACGAAGAAGGAUGAUGAAGAUGAGCGUGUGUUGCCUGAUACAAGAAAUGAUCAAUGGAUGACUGCAGAAGUGCGCGUCCCAACUGAAUGUGUUGGUCUGGUCAUAGGGCGACAGGGGGCCAACGUCAAACUCAUCCAGGAGCGGACCGGUACAAAGAUCAGCUUUGGAGAUGAAGAACUUGAUGGGCAUAGAAUAUGUUUUAUACGAGGCCCAGAAGAAAAUGUCACCACAGCACAGAAACUGGUUUUCAAAGCCAUUUCGGAUCAGCCUGUCAUCGAAUCAACUGAAAUGUUUGUUCCUCAGUACUCAGUUGGGCGGAUUAUUGGCAGAAGUGGUGAGAGCAUAAGAUCAGUGUCACGAAUAAGCGGUGCAAAGGUUGAUGUGGAAAGAGAUGAGGAACAGUCGCAGUCAGUGAGAAGCCAAGAGGAUAUGAAGAGGAUAGUGCUCAAAGGCAGCAAAGAACAGAUAGAUGCAGCCAAAUCGCUGAUCUUAGAGAAGGUGGCAGAGGAGGAGGAAAUGAGACAACAGAUCCAGGCCUCGGCGGUUAACAUGUCAAUGAGAGCAAGAGGUCGCCAAGCUCCACUGGAAAAUGGGGGCAGUGAGGCAGCCAUGAAUGGCUCUAUGCACCAGGAGUGUCUGUCUAUGCCAGGUAGUGAUCGUUUUAUUGAAACAUAUGUAUCUGCAGUAGACUCGGCUUCACAUUUUUGGCUUCAGGUUGUAGGACCAAGGUCCAUCCAGCUAGAUAAAUUAGUGACAGAAAUGACAGAGUAUUACGAGGACGAAGACAACCGCGAACUCCAUUUACUUGAAAAGGUGAAGAAAGGUGACAUAGUAGCAGCCAAGUUCCCACAUGAUGACUCAUGGUACAGAGGACAAGUUUGCAGUUAUGAGCCCAAUGAGGACGACCCUUCUCAGGGGCUGGUCACGGUGUACUACGUCGACUUUGGAGAUACAGAAACCAUCAAAAUGGAUUGCGUGUUUGAGCUCAGAACAGAUUAUCUUAAGCUCAACUUUCAAGCAAUUGAAUGCUUUUUAGCAAACAUUAAACCUGAAAGUGUGAAAGGGGACGAGGCUGCAGAUGCCUUUGAAGAACUGACCUAUGCAGCCCAGUGGAAAGUAGUAAUGGUGAAAGUAGUUGGUUACCAGCAAGGAGGCGACAAGACUAUGCCAUGUGUCCGUAUCAUAGACACCAAUGGUCCUACAGACAUUGAUGUUGCUGAAGAAUUGGUGAAAAGAGGAUUAGCAGAAUGGACGAAUGGGGGAUCUUCCACUCCGUAGUCUUAUGAAUCUUACAAAUUACUAUGAAGAUGUGAUUGCUGCAUUGAUUUCAGGUUGCUUUCACUUUAGCCUGUGACCCCACAAGCAUGUGGAUCAACCCUUUGUACAGGGACACAAACAAAGAGAAUGUGAUGAAACAGGAAGAUUUCUCCUUUUGAACAUCACUCAGCCCUUUUGUUACUACAAAGCAUUUAUAGGUUACUCAGGGUAAUAUAGGUCAGAGAGAAUUCAACUAAAGAAUGAGGGAAGUAAGAAUAAUGUAUUAGGAUUGGAAUUGAGAUUCUUGUUCCCAGCACACAAGGGAAUAAAUGUAAAUGUGAAAGAAUUUGUCAAUAUACUUUUCAGUUGAAGAAUUACUUUUUUGAUAGAUGUGCAGAGGGUUUUCAGUAUAUUUGUGAAGUAGAUGAAUAUAUAGAAUUGUUUGUAAAAGAAAAAGAGAACUAUAUUAAGAUUGCACUGUUUAACUAAAGAAAAAUAGUUCUGUGCAUCCUAUUUGUUCUUGCAAGCUAAUGGGAACUUAGACUAAACAGGGUGAGUGGCAAGUUCAACAGUGCAAAGUUGGGAAGUUUCAAAAGAACACAAGAAGACUUUACCUAAAGUUAACCCAUUGGCCAUGGAUACAUGUAUCGUUCACUGUAGUUUUUAGUGAAUUUUGUUGCACACAGAUGGCUCUACAAGUACUCAACCUCCAAGGAGUCAAUUAGUAGGCCCAGGUGACUGCGCCUGGUUUCCCCAUUCCUGUAAUUAGCAGCAUUAUAAGAUAGUAUUUUAAUGAAAGGAGUAGAAAGUGAGGGAGUAAAUGGGGUAGGAUAGGGAUGGGUAAUCCCUCAAUGUAUUAAUAUCAGUUCUGUUAUUAUUAUUAAUAUUAUUAUUAUAAUGUCAUUGAAAAUCUGAUAACAAUAAUUUUUUUUUAAAUAUUUCCAGAAAUCAGGGAAAAGGGUAGAGGUGAUAUAGGUAGGACUAAUAAUUGACUCCUAAGCACUUGUGGAGCCAUCUUUGUGUAAACACCAUUAAUACACUAAAAUUACAGUGGACAUAGCAUGAAUGCCAUGCAUCCAUAGCCAGUAGGUUGAAAGUAGGGAUACAUUUGCCUAGACUAUUAUUCUGCCCUUUUAGUUGAAUUUGAAGCAGUAGAUUUGUUAAAGUUAUACCUCUACGGGUUGUGUAGAAAUUGUUUGAAAACAAAAACAAUUGGAUGACGAUGAUAAGCUGGGCAUGUAAGGUCAUGUUAUAAUUAAAGUUGUAUGUCAGUAUUCAUUUAGCUUUGUAACAGAAAUUAAAAAAGAGGUAAGUAAAUAUAUAUAUAUAUAUAUAUAUAUAUAUAUAUAUAUAUAUAUAUAUAUAUAUAUGAUAUGCUGACAGUAGAUAAUGACAAUAGUGUACUUAUUUUGCAGAAAAGUACUAAGAUACUGGCAUGGAAUUAGUUGGUAUAACUGAAUCUGAAGAUGGUAGCCUUACUAGUUAAUUUUUGUACCUGUUGAUAUAAACAAAACACUGUAGUUUAAAGAUAAAAAAGAAAAGACGCCUUAUUGGGGUUGUGAUACCUUUCCAUAUCUGAUAUUUCUAUGACCUGAGAUCCAGUCUUUCAUAGCUUAACUACUGAAAUUUUGUACUACCUUUGUGUUCACUUAGGUAAAGUCACCUAUGUAAAUAAAGAAAAAGAGUAAGUAGAUAACUAAAAUAACCUGGAUGUAGCUUGUUUUUCUUUUUCAGUCAAUCAUUUUGAAUUAGAAAAAUAUAUUGUAGCAUUAAUUUAAUUUAAAGUUAGUGACCUUUUUACCUUUAUCAUUUGCAAGCAUUUAAAGACUUACAGCCAUAUUAUUAACACUUAGAUAUGGAGGUCCACAUUUUCAUUACCAGUUUCAUAUUGCUUAAUUAUUACAUUUGCAUAUUUUAGUGUUAAACCAGUCACACUCAAAACUGGUAUGGAAAAUGACUUGGUAGAUGGACAGCAGUUCCUAUACUCCUUAGGUCCAAAUGCAGUAAAAAAAAAAAAAAAAAGGCAAUCUCGUACUAAGUUUUAAUGAUAUGGACAAUGCUGGCUUUGAAAACACAAUACAAACAAAAAUAGUACUAAUCCUAGUCAUCUUCAGAUUGAUACUGAGCUUUAACUUGUGACAGAUGAUAUUCAGGUUUAAUGCUUGUUUCUACAAUUGUUUUAUAUGCUUACUUUAUUAUUCAUUGUUCAUAUUACUUUUUUAUCUUCAGGGCUGAAGUUCCCUUGGCAAAGGACUUUUUCACUUAUAACAGUUAUGAAUCAUCUAUAUGCAAAUAUUUGGUGAUUUGUCUUCGCUACUUGUACAUAUGAUUAAAUAACAUUUGAACUCUGUUGAGUUAGAAUUACAUGGUGUUCACAUAAAGAUCAUUGUUUUUACAUAUCGUAAAUAGGUAUGAUUUGUCUGUAAAGCAACGUUAGGAUUUUAUUUUACGAGAUAUUUUUUUCUGGCAGUUUUGAUUGAUUAAUAAUUAAUAACUGUACACACUGCUGAAUGAGGCUUUUUGUUACUUAAUACUUUUAUGUAUUAAAUUAUGUGGAACACUUUUGAGGAAUAAUUUUCCAAAAGAGUAAAUUAUGUUUUCUUUCUUUCUUUUUUUUAUUGCUUGUUCAGAGCAUUUCUGACUUGCAUUUCUUAGGUGUAUAAAUCACACUUUGUUAAUAGUUUAAUUUGAUUUUGUAAUUAUUUGGUUUUGCAUAUAUUAUGCAAGUCCUAUGUAGCAGAAAGUACAACAUUAAUACAAUAAAAUUAUUUACAGAA